GCAAAGCCACCCUUGGCGGCUAAGGAGAGAGGGCAGGCAAGGAGACUCCGGGCCAGGGUCGCGGCGGGAAUUUCCAAGAAUUGGAUUUUCGAUGGCGUCGGGAUCGCUAGCGGUGUCUGCUUUUCCCAUCGAGGGUUCCCAGAACAGGACAAGGAUUUAGGGGGUUGCACACCUUGGUUUUUUUGUUUGUUCGUUUUUUAAGGGGGAGGAAGGGGUAAGGGAGGGAGCUGAAUGGAUAGAAUACUGACUGGGACAUUAACUGGAGCAUUUUAGAUGCGAAGAGCAGAAAGACAGUUUCAUAUUCUUCUUUCUUCAGUUGCUGCAUUAGGUUAACUUCAUUUUCGAAUGCUCAAUUUUGAAACUAGCCAGUGUGUGUGGCAGGAUUUUACUGAACUUGGGGGUGAGAAUUUGAUCCAAUCCCGGUGCAUUUUAAUUGGGUCACGCGAUUCAACCACAGUUACACGAUGGAAUUUCUGAAGACUUGUGUACUUAGAAAAAAUGCAUGUACCGCGGUUUGCUUCUGGAGAAACAAAGUUGUACAAAAGCCUUCAAUCAGAAAGAUUAGUACUACCUCUCCAAGGAGCACUGUUAUGCCCGCUUGGGUGAUAGAUAAAUACGGGAACAAUGAAGUGCUUCGAUUCACUCAGAACAUGAUGCUACCUAUCAUACACUAUCCAAAUGAAGUCAUUAUCAAAGUCCAUGCUGCGAGUGUAAAUCCUAUAGAUGUUAAUAUGAGAAGUGGUUAUGGAGCUACGGCUUUAAAUAUGAAGCGUGAUCCUUUACAUAUUAAAACCAAAGGUGAAGAAUUUCCUCUGACUCUGGGCCGGGAUGUCUCUGGCGUGGUGAUGGAGUGUGGGCUGGAUGUGAAGUACUUCAAGCCUGGAGAUGAGGUCUGGGCUGCAGUUCCUCCUUGGAAACAAGGCACUUUCUCAGAGUUUGUUGUAGUCAGUGGGAAUGAGGUCUCUCACAAGCCCAAAUCACUCACUCAUACCCAAGCUGCCUCUUUGCCGUAUGUGGCUCUCACAGCCUGGUCUGCCAUAAACAAGGUUGGUGGCCUGAAUGACAAGAAUUGCACAGGAAAACGUGUUUUAAUCUUAGGUGCUUCUGGUGGUGUUGGUACUUUCGCUAUACAGAUAAUGAAAGCAUGGAAUGCACAUGUGACAGCAGUUUGCUCUCAAGAUGCCAGUGAACUUGUAAGGAAGCUUGGGGCCAAUGAUGUAAUUGAUUACAAAUCUGGAAAUGUGGAAGAGCAGUUGAAAUCCUUAAAACCGUUUGAUUUUAUCCUUGAUAAUGUUGGCGGAUCCACUGAAACGUGGGCUCUGAAUUUUCUCAAGAAAUGGUCAGGAGCCACCUAUGUGACUUUGGUGACACCUUUCCUACUGAACAUGGACCGAUUGGGCAUAGCAGAUGGCAUGUUGCAGACAGGAGUCACUGUGGGUUCUAAGGCAUUAAAGCAUUUCUGGCAAGGAGUUCAUUAUCGCUGGGCCUUUUUCAUGGCCAGUGGUCCAUGCCUAGAUGACAUCGCAGAACUGGUGGAUGCAGGAAAGAUUCAGCCAGUUAUUGAACAAACCUUUCCUUUUUCUAAAGUUCCAGAAGCCCUUCUGAAGGUGGAAAGGGGACAUGCACGAGGAAAGACUGUAAUUAAUGUCAUUUAAAUAAAUACGUAGUUUUGUGGUU